CUUUCCUCUAUGGUCCGAGCCCCGGGCACCUUCCCUGGCUUUCUUAGGUUACUUCCGGAAGUGAAGCUGCCACCUCCUCUACUUCCGCGGGGUCCAGGCUGGGGCAGCGGACGCGUGGGCCCCGGCCUGAGAGCAGGGGCAGUAAAUCAUGGGGGGAAGACGUUCAGGCAGCAAGUCAACAUCCAGUGAGCUACUCGCUACCUUUGUCCUAGUGAUUUCUGACCUCACCCAGAAAGAAGAUCUGUUUGGGGCCAGGAAAAACACAAGGUUCUGUAUGGUAAGCCUGGAAAUGCUUCUCCUGUAAACGCUUCUCUUAAUGAAAGCCAGUUUUGCCACCUGCCAGAAGUGCACAUUUAAUGAUGCUUUACAGCAGUUUUCUAAGUCUGAAAUUUUCUAUGCCUGUGCAUCCCACGAUUUGCUAAGAGAUGGAGGAGACUCAGCAACAUGACCUGCACACGAUGACCCUGGAGCAAGAUGAUCCCCUCGAGAGCACCAGCCCUCAGAUUUCUGUUAGUGAAUUUUCUUGCCACUGCUGUUACGACAUCCUGAUUAACCCCACCACCUUGAACUGUGGGCACAGCUUCUGUCGGCACUGCCUAGCUUUAUGGUGGACCUCUUCAAAGAAAACAGAGUGUCCAGAAUGCAGAGAAAAAUGGGAAGGUUUCCCCAGAGUCAAUAUUCUCCUCAGGGAUGCCAUUGAAAAAUUAUUUCCUGAUGCCAUUAGGAUGCGAUUUGAAGACAUUCAGCAGAAUAAUGACAUAGUCCAGAGUCUUGCAGCCUUUCAGAAAUAUGGGAAUGAUCAGAUUUCUUUAGCUCCCAACACAGGCCGAGUGAAUCAGCAGAGAGGAGGGGGAUUCUUUUCAGGAGUGCUCACAGCUUUAACUAGUGUGGCAGUGGUCCUGCUCGUGUAUCACUGGAGCAGCAGGGAAUCCGAGCACGACCUCCUGGUGCACAAGGCGGUGGCCAAAUGGACGGCGGAAGAGGUUGUCCUCUGGCUGGAGCAGCUGGGCCCCUGGGCCUCUCUCUACAGAGACAGGUUUUUAGCCGAAAGAGUAAACGGAAGAUUGCUUUUAACUUUGACAGAGGAAGAAUUUUCAAGGGCACCAUAUACUAUAGAAAACAGCAGCCACAGAAGAGCCAUCCUCAUGGAAUUGGAGCGCGUCAAAGCACUAGGUGUGAAGCCCCCCCAAAAUCUCUGGGAAUAUAAGGCUGUGAACCCAGGCAGGUCCCUGUUCCUGCUGUAUGCCCUCAGGAGUUCCCCCAGGCUUGGUCUGCUGUACCUCUACCUGUUUGACUACACAGACACCUUCCUGCCCUUCAUCCACACCAUCUGUCCUCUGCAAGAAGACAGCUCCGAGGAGGACAUCCUCACCAAACUUUUGGAUCUUAGAGAGCCCACAUGGAAGCAGUGGAGAGAAUUCCUUGUCAAAUACUCCUUCCUUCCGUACCAGCUGAUUGCUGAAUUUGCUUGGGACUGGCUAGAAGUCCAUUAUUGGACGUCUCGGUUUCUCAUCGUCAAUGCCAUGUUACUCUCGGUUCUGGAAUUAUUCUCCUUUUGGAGGAUCUGGUCAAGAAGUGAACUGAAGACUGUGCCUCAGAGGAUGUGGAGCCAUUUUUGGAAAGUAUCAACACAGGGGCUUUUUGUGGCCAUGUUCUGGCCCCUCAUUCCUCAGUUUGUUUGCAACUGCUUAUUUUACUGGGCCCUGUACUUUAACCCAAUUAUUAACAUCGAUCUUGUGGUCAAGGAAGUCCGACGGCUGGAAACCCAAGUUUUUUGAGUGGUACUGCCCACGCUCUGAGGGACUCCUGCAGCCUCCUGGACAUCUGAGCUUCGAUGCUUAAGUGGAGAGAGGUUGGGUGCGCUCGACUUCCUGUUUUCUUUCCCUAGUAAACAAGGUGCUGCUUUCUCUGUCAAAGCCUACAACCAGGUCCUCUGUCCCUCUGCUGGUAUCAUGUGGCAGCAGGGACUGACGGCCCAGAGCUGGGCCGACACAGCAGCAGCACCUCCCAUCUACUUCUUGCUCAUGGGAACUUGGGAGGCCCCGUCCCCUACAGCUUGCAUAGAACCAGGGUCCUCAGAGGACGUGGUGCGGGUGACAUCAGAAGGCUGCCACGUCAGCAGUCCUAACUCCAGUGAUUGACCAAGGCUGCCAGGGCAAGCUGGAGUUCUGAGACUCAGCCCGAGAUCCGGCUUAUUGGAGGCAGGCCCGUCCUUGAAGUCAAGUUUAGGAAAAUGGGAGAAGACUUUGUCAUAGGCAUAGACAGUUGCACA